AUUUUUCGAGCAUCAUGGUACAUGCUUGAUUCACCCUUUUACUCACUUCUUGACCCCAAUGUCAUUUCAGGCUUUCCUUUCUUUCUUUCUCCUCGCGGCCGGACAUGUGGAUCUCGAGGGAGAUGACGUCGCGUCUGCUUCAUGGGAUGCUCAAUGUGGAAAUAUAUGAGAUCAAUAGGCUCCAACUAGGAUGCGGAUUUAAUCUUUGUGGGAAGACCGCGAGUAGCAAGAGCUUCAUGAGAAGAUUCCUAUCCGAGGUCAAGAGGUUGAUCUUGUGCCGUCCCGAGAUUGUGGGGUCGUAUCUCUACGCGACUGUGGAUUUGGACAGGGCUAGGGUCGCGCGGACGCGUAUGAUCCAGAACGAACAGUCGAACCCGCAGUGGCACGAGGCCUUCCACAUCUACUGUGCUCAUUGGAUCUCCCAGAUCAUACUCACCGUCAAAGACGACAAUCCUGUUGGAGCAACCUUAAUUGGGAGGGCCUAUGUUCCUGUUGAGGAUGUCAUAAAGGGCUAUAUAGUGGACAGGUGGGUCCCGAUCGAGGACGACGACCACCGCCCGAUCCACGGCGGGGCGCGGAUUCAUGUCCGGCUGCAAUUCUCGACCGCCGCUCAGGACAGUCACUGGUCGCGUGGGAUCCUUAAACCGAACUUCGAAGGUGUUCCUCGCACGUUCUUCACCCAGAGGCAACAUUGCAGGGUCACUCUAUAUCAAGAUGCUCAUGUUUCAGAUCAUUUUAGUCCUCGCAUCCCGCUCUCUGUCGGACAGUACGAGCCCCACCGGUGCUGGGAGGACAUCUUUGACGCGAUCGACAACGCAAAGCACUUGAUUUACAUAGCGGGAUGGUCAGUCUACACGGAUAUCGCCCUGAUAAGGGACCCGCGCGGGCUCAGGAAAGGGACCGGGGUCACGUUGGGUGAGCUGCUGAAGAAUAAGGCUAACGAGGAGGGCGUGACGGUCCUGAUGCUUGUCUGGGACGAUCGCACGUCGGUCCCAGAAUUGAAACGGGACGGGCUGAUGGCAACGCACGACCAAGAAACGGCACAGUACUUUCGGAACACAAAAGUGCAUUGCUUCCUGUGCCCGCGGAAUCCCAACGUGGCCGCGACAAGCAUAAUUCAGGACGUGGAGAUAUGGGCGUUGUUUACUCAUCACCAGAAGAUCGUGGUGGUUGAUGCCGAGAUUCCCGAGGGAGGAUCGCAGAUGCGGAGGAUCGUGAGCUUCAUCGGCGGCAUCGAUUUGUGCGACGGCCGGUACGAUACGCAGGACCACCCGCUGUUCAAGACCCUGAAUUCAGACGUCCACAGGAAUGAUUUCCAUCAACCGAAUUUCGAAGGCGCUUCGAUCAAGAAAGGCGGCCCGAGGGAGCCGUGGCAUGACGUUCAUUGCCGUCUCGAAGGCCCCGUUGCGUGGGACGUCCUCUAUAACUUCGAGCAGAGGUGGAGGAAGCAAGUGGGGGAGCAAUUCCUCAUCCCGAUAAGCAAGAUGGAGCAGAUCGUAAUCCACCCAUCGCCAGCCGCGUUAGCUGAUGACCCGGACACAUGGAAUGUCCAGUUGUUCCGGUCCAUUGACGCCGGCGCAGCAGCUGACUUCCCCAAAGACCCCGAUGCUGCAGCUGCCGUUGGCCUCGUUGGCAGCAAGGACAACGUCAUUGACCGGAGCAUCCAGGACGCCUACAUCAAUGCGAUCCGCCGGGCCAAGAAAUUCAUCUACAUCGAGAACCAGUACUUCCUCGGCAGCUCCUUUGAGUGGAAUCCCGAGGUUCCGGACAUCCAUGCACUGCACCUGAUCCCAAAGGAGUUGUUGCUGAAGAUCGUGAGCAAGAUCGAGGCCGGGGAGAGGUUUGCCGUGUACAUUGUGAUCCCGAUGUGGCCCGAGGGUAUACCAGAGAGCGAGUCGGUGAAGGCGAUACUGGAUUGGCAGAGGAGGACUAUGGAGAUGAUGUACAGAGACAUUGCCAAUGCCCUCCGGAGGAAGAGGAUUGAUGCCGAUCCUAGAGAUUACUUGGCCUUCUUUUGCCUUGGAAACAGAGAAGCAAAUAGGGAUGGUGAGCCAGAGCCUGAAGAGAAACCACAGCCAAAUAGUGACUAUUUCAGAGCCCAGCAAGCAAGAAGGUUCAUGAUUUAUGUCCAUGCCAAGAUGAUGAUAGUUGACGACGAGUACAUAAUCGUCGGAUCGGCCAACAUCAACCAGAGGUCCAUGGACGGCGCCCGGGACACGGAGAUCGCCAUGGGCGCGUUCCAACCGAACCAUCUGGCCACUACUGAUCAGUCACCUAGGGGUGACAUCUACGGCUUCCGAAUGUCCUCGUGGUAUGAGCACCUUGGCCGUCUUGAGGAAACUUACAAUCGUCCGGAGAGUCAGACAUGCAUGAGGCGGGUGAAUGCGCUCGCCCAGCGGAAUUGGGAAUUGUACUCGGACGACACGUCCGUCGAAGACUUGCCGGCUCACUUGCUCCGUUACCCGAUCGAGAUCGCCGGAAAUGGAGCUGUCACGCCCUUGCCCGGGCUUGCACAUUUUCCCGACACUAAGGCUCCAAUCUUGGGCCAAAAAUCUGAUGAUCUUCCUCCUAUUCUGACCACUUAAAAGAUGAUCAGAUGCAAAAUCGUUCGUUGUAGUGACAAUGCACUAUUAAACACCACCAAAUUGUAAAUCUAUCCACCUUUCCCAGUUUGCAAUAUCAAUCUAUGGCUAUCUGUA